AAAGUCUGUCAUUUGUCGCACGUGGAACAUAAUCCAGAUCAUUUGAGCACAAAAUCAGAGAAAAUGUGAAUGGGAUGUGAAGAUUUUCCGCCCUCUCUAACCCCUCCCAAAGCAGCGGCACUCUGACGGGACUGAUCCAGCGCUAGUCGGCGAAGGAGUCUCGGCGAGACUGUCGCUGACCUUGGUGCUGAACGCCAUUCACAUUCCUCCUAAAGCUACUUCACUGGCACUCUGCGUCGAAAAGGUGACAGUGCUUUUUCUCUUUUGCUCUUAAGUAACCAUACGUCGUUUUUAAAUCCGUUUUUUGUACUCCGUCGAUUUGAAGCGAACAUUAAUUCGUUGACUCAAAUCUGAGAUGGCAUCGCGUGCUCUUAUCGCGCGCGGGGCAGUUUAUGAGUUCAUAAUUAUGAGUAGACAGAGCCAGACCACCUCUGAUAUCUCUCUUGUGUAGGCGGAUUUUUUUUUCUCUUCGCUCUGUGAACACCGUCGUGAAUUUUCCUCAUCUGUCUUACUGAAUCAUUGAUCCGCUGGGUAUCGGUCCGGUAGCCUAUGCUCUGUCAUCUCACACUGUGACAUGGUACUUUGACAUUACCGGGGAAACGAGGGAUUAUCACAUUUGGACAUGGAGACUCCGAGGGAGCCUGGUUUUGUGCCCAGCAAAGAGGGACUGAAGCAAUUAGCGGGGAAGACACUAGGACACCUGCACAAAGUGUUAGAAAAGCGACAAAAACCUGGCGACAACAUCGAACUGACCGAGGAUGGACGGCCUGCUCAGACCAACGAGAAAAAGGCACCUUUGUGCGACUGCACGUGCUUUGGACUUCCGCGCCGCUACAUCAUCGCCAUAAUGAGCGGCCUCGGGUUCUGCAUCUCCUUCGGUAUUCGGUGCAACUUAGGCGUGGCCAUAGUGAGCAUGGUGAACAACAGCACCAUUCACCUGAACGGGAAGAUCAUCAUCAAAGAGAAGGCAAAAUUCAACUGGGACCCGGAAACAGUUGGAAUGAUUCAUGGCUCAUUUUUCUGGGGUUAUAUUGUGACGCAAAUUCCCGGGGGAUACAUUUGUUCUAGAUUGGCAGCAAACAGGGUUUUUGGCGCAGCCAUUUUCCUCACAUCCACACUGAACAUGUUCAUCCCCUCAGCUGCACGUGCUCACUAUGGCUGCGUCAUGUUCGUCAGGAUAUUACAGGGGCUUGUAGAGGGUGUGACCUACCCAGCCUGUCAUGGGAUCUGGAGUAAGUGGGCUCCUCCACUGGAAAGAAGCCGUCUAGCCACAACCUCCUUCUGUGGUUCCUAUGCUGGAGCUGUCAUUGCCAUGCCUUUAGCUGGGAUCUUGGUGCAGUACACAGGCUGGUCAUCGGUUUUCUAUGUCUAUGGCUGUUUCGGGAUGUUCUGGUAUAUGUUCUGGAUCUUAGUGUCAUAUGAGAGCCCAGCUGAACAUCCCACCAUCACGGCUGAAGAACGCUGCUACAUUGAGGAGAGUAUCGGCGAGAGCGCUAAGCUGCUAGGUCCUGCAGAAAAAUUCAAGACACCUUGGAGGCAGUUUUUCACAUCAAUGCCUGUCUAUGCAAUCAUUGUGGCCAACUUCUGCAGGAGUUGGACCUUCUACUUGCUGCUCAUCAGCCAGCCUGCAUACUUCGAGGAGGUGUUUGGCUUUGAGAUUAGCAAGGUUGGCAUGCUGUCAGCCCUGCCCCAUCUGGUGAUGACCAUUAUCGUACCCAUUGGGGGACAGAUAGCCGAUUUCCUCCGUUGCAAAAACAUCCUGUCUACUACCACAGUUCGGAAGAUCAUGAACUGCGGAGGCUUUGGGAUGGAGGCCACUCUAUUGUUGGUGGUUGGUUACUCACAUAGUAAAGGAGUAGCCAUUUCGUUUCUUGUGUUGGCUGUCGGCUUCAGUGGAUUUGCAAUAUCAGGUUUCAAUGUCAAUCAUUUAGACAUCGCUCCUCGCUAUGCCAGUAUCCUCAUGGGAAUCUCUAAUGGAGUGGGAACUCUGUCAGGAAUGGUGUGCCCUCUUAUUGUGGGAGCCAUGACCAAACACAAGACUCGAGAAGAGUGGCAGUAUGUGUUUCUUAUCGCUUCCCUGGUGCAUUAUGGCGGUGUAAUCUUCUAUGGCAUCUUCGCCUCGGGGGAGAAGCAGCCAUGGGCAGAUCCAGAACAGACCAGUGAAGAAAAGUGUGGCUUCAUUGAUGAAGAUGAGCUGGCUGAGGAAACGGGGGAUAUCACCCAGAGCUACGGUGCCCUGGGAGGUCCAGCCAAGACCUACGGUGCCACUACGCAGUUGAACGGCGGAUGGGCAGAAGGAUGGGAUAAACGAGAGGAGUAUGUACAGGAAGGUGUGGAGGAAGGGGUUUACGGAUACAGGCAGGGUGGGGAUUACUCCUAGACCUCACAUACUAUCACACACAUGAUGCACACAGCUAUACAUAAACAUUCAGUGGAGCAAAAAAGUAUUUGGAUACACUUUUUGGAGACACAAGUCACAACAGGAAAUGUAUAAAUUCCAUUGCAUUAAAUAACAAAAUGCAAGUGCAAUCUGCAACACAUCUGCAAUUUGUCUUUCUGUGCUUUUCUUUAGUGGGUGUAUGAAGUGUCUUCAUUUUGAAAUUUAAAAAUCUAUGUAUGUAGCUAUAUAUUUAAAUAUAUAAAAU